AUGGCUUUCUCAGUGCAUAAAGAAAUAAACGACAUACUCAAACGGAUUGGCUUCAAGGAGAAGACCCCAAUCCAGAAGAAGCUGCUUCCCUUUGCAGAGGAGAAAGACCUCAUAGGGCUCUCUGAGACGGGAACUGGAAAGACAGCAUGCUUUGUGGUCCCCCUAAUAGAAGAGCUGGCCGAUGACCCAUACGGCGUGCACUCUCUUAUACUGACACCAACGCGAGAGCUGGCUCUGCAGACCAAAGAAAAGGUUGACAUAAUGGGGAACUACUUUGGCAUAGUGUGCGAGAUUAUACACGGCGGCAUGGACACACACAAGCAAGCUGCAAGAUUGCAGAAAAAGCCACACAUUGUGAUAGCCACUCCCGGGCGCCUUGCAUCCAUGCUUUGCUCAAAGGAGAAUGUCUCUGUGUUUAAAAGAAUCAAGAAAAUAGUUCUGGAUGAGGCAGACCUUCUUCUUAACAGCGACCAGGCACUUCCUGUCUACACUAUUCUCUCAGAGAUUCUUAAGUGUGCUCCCUCUGCACAGAUUCUUCUCUUCUCUGCAACAGACAUAAAGCCCAGAGUGGCUAUUAAAAUUCAGGAAGAUGGCAUGGAUAGGAUAGAGCAGGCAGAGGAUGCCAUUAGCGAGAAAUCAGAAGAAGCAUGCGAAUCCAGCGAGAAAGCUAAUAUAUGUGAGAAAGAGAACAGGACCACCCCCAGUGCACCGGAGAACAUCGAUGAAAUAGUUGAGAAAACAGUGUGCCCUGCUCUGUGGAGACUUAUCCUUGCGCGAGAGACUAAAACAGUUGACACCCGGCAGGGAUCUAUUCCAAAGACAAUCAAGCAAGAGUAUGCACUUGUCCACAGGCAGUCCAAGGAUGCAUACCUAGCAAGACUGCUGCUGGAGGACCACAAAGAGACAAAGGUCAUUGUGUUUAUGAACCGAGCAGAUAACUGUGCAGUUUUGGCAGAGGUCCUUCAAGAGCUGGGCAUCAAUGCAGUGGGGCUAAGCAGGUACACGGACAACAAAACGCGCCACACGUCCUUUUUCCGCUUCCGGUCCGGCCUGGCAAGAGUGCUUCUUACAACAGAUGUGCUCUCAAGAGGUCUUGAUGUGAAAGAUGUUGGCUGUGUCAUAAACUACGAUCUCCCAAACAGCCACACAGACUACAUACAUAGGAUUGGAAGAACAGGAAGACUUGCGCAGGAAGGAUACGCGCUUUCUUUUGUUACUGCAGAAGACAUAGCAAUUCUUCGCAACAUUCAGAAGAGAACCUCUACAACCAUCGAGGAGAAAGAGCUGCUUCCUUUCACCACAGCCAGACUGAUGAAUAAGAUUACAACACACAGAGAGUUCAUUUCCUCCCGAAUAGAAAAAGCCAUUUUAAAAAACAAGCGAUAA